UCUGUUUAUUUCAGUUUUAUUAUAACUUGCUGCAUUUUGAUGCCAUUAGUUGAAUUGUCUAUAAUUAUUGAUUUUGAUAAAUGUGAAAAAUUCAACCCGCUAACAAUUUAUCCAAUUGUAUUGAAUCCUCAGAUGCGUUAUUAUUUGUUUACAUCAGAUAAUUUGUUAGAGGGUGAAGAGAUCUUGGAUCAAAAUGUAACAUCAUUUGUUGAAUCAAAAUUUAAUAAAGAAUGGCCAACAAGAAUAUUUAUUAGCGGUUGGAAGACAACACCACAGAACUGUAAAACAGCAUUAAUAAAAGAUGCUUAUUAUAGAAUUGGAAAUGUUAAUUUUAUUGUAGCAGAUUGGAGUGAUUGGAAUAAAAGAGAAUAUGCAUUAGCUUCGACAAGUGUAAAUGGUGUUGGCAGAUUAAUUGGGAAAUUUAUAAAUUUUUUAAAUAGCAAUGGUAUUUCUUAUGAUAAUAUUUAUAUAAUUGGGCAUAGUCUUGGGGCGCAUGUUGCUGGAGCCGUUGGCGAUUUUAUACAACCACAUAAAAUUAAUACAAUAUAUGGUUUAGAUCCAGCUGGAAUAGGUUUUAUUGGUCUAUUGCCACAAUACAGAUUAAGUCCAAAUGAUGCUACUUAUGUUGAAGUAAUUAUAACAGAUAUGUUUGGUUUUGGAUAUGGUUCAGAAAUACCAUUAGGUCAAGCACAAUUAUAUCCACAUUUUGGAAGACGAUAUCAACCAUCUUGUUCAUCAUUAAAUUUAAAUGACCAAUUUUGUAGUCAUGGUAUUGCUGUUGAUUAUUUUGUCAAUAGUUUAAAUGAAGAUUUAGAAUUUUGUGCAUUACCAACGACAUUUAGUAAUAUACUUUUAUCAGUUGUUCCACAAAAUAGUGAUAUAUGUGACUUUGUAAUGGGCGGGGAUCCAUCAAUUCCAAAAAAUGGUACUUUUUUUGUUCCUGUAAGUAGUGGAGGACCUCUUCCACCUUAAUAAUUUUAUAAAUAUUCUUAUAAUAUUGUUGAUUAUUGUUUAAAAAUUAUUUAUUUCUUAUAAGUGUGGAUGAUAAGUAAUUAUUGUGAGAUAAUACAUGU